AUGGUGAUCGUGACGGCAGCUGUGACGUUCGAGCAGCGCCAGGCGGAAAAGCAAGGAGAUGCCACUGACUGUUGGAGUCGAUUUCCGUGGCAAAUGGUUCUGCUGCUCGGAGCCGUGCAGGUCGUCAGCAAGGUCAUUGAGGCAAACAGCACAGUGGCGACGUCCCUGCGUGCGUCGUCAUGGAUGCACCAGUCUCCUCUCACGGUGCAAAUCGUUUUGACCGUGGUGGGGGCGCUGCUCUCCGAGACGAUGAACAACGAAGCACUCAGCCGCUUGCUGCUGCCGCUCACCAUCCACGCGGCCGUCACUACGCGCAUGCAUCCUAUCUACUACGCGAUACCUGUGGCCGUGGCAGCGUCGUCCAACCUGAUCAUGCCCAUCACGCUUCCCCUGGUGAUCCUUCACGAGGUCGCCGAAGUGCCCUUGCGACAUCUGGUGAUGGCAGGCUUGAUCAUGAAGACGGCUCUGCUCUCCACGCUGAUCAUCUCGAUGAACACGACUGGCCAGUACAUCUUCUACCUGUCGCCAACGGUCAAGGCACUCAACAGCACCGGCCCGGCAUCGCGCCAUCAGGCGCCUCAUUACUGA